AUGGUUUCUGCCAAAUUCCUCGCUCUUGCCUUGGGCGUUGCCCUUGGUGCUCAAGCCAGCGACAGCCCUUCUGUCGACGCCAAUGUCAUGGCUGGAAACAUUGCUAGCGCAGACAUCAAUGCAUUUUGGGAUACCACUUGGCCAAAAAUGCAGAAACAUCUUCCCGGCAUUGAGUGCUCAAUCGGUGGACACGCCGAAGGAAAGAACGCAUCCGAUUCCUGCAAGGAGAUUGAGGCUAGCCUCGUCCCUGUGUUUCCCGGCAUUCAUUGCACUGGCAAUCUCGACGAAGUGGCACUGAAAGCAAGCAGCAAGGCCCCUGUCACUGUUCUGCGCCGUGAUUCUGCGCUCGAGCGCCGCAGUCGUGAGCUCGAGGAAGCUGCUGAGAGAGAAGAGCAGAAAAUCGAUCAACAGAUUGAUCAGAAGAAACGGUCAAUACUUCUCUCGUGUGCUGAUGCUCCUCACCCUGGCAACUGCUACACUUGUGUUGCAGCUGGUGCAACUCAAGCCCUUACAAGUGGAGCAAAGUGUGUCCUCGCAUUCAAAGUCGCAAUGGAUGCGCUUGCGCGCGGUGAGCCUCAGCCAGGCGGUGAGAACAACGGCAAGCUUUGGACUGGUUAUGGUGUCUGCCUUGCUAGCGCCAUCGGAGAUAUGGGGGCUGCGGUCUCUGGUUGCCCUCUCCGAGUAAUAAAUGAAGAGACAUGUCUGUCCAGAGUUGCUAGAGGCAUCGGUUCUAGUGCGGCUAGUGGAAAGCGGUGGCUUGUGUAGUUGUUAGGCGAUUUCGUCGAUUGGAUCUGUAGUAGUCAGCGAAUGAAGGAAAAGAGUAAUCUAAAUUUCUAUAGACUAAUCAAUUCUUAA